AUGGAACAGAGAAAUGAAAGCUAUUUCACUGGAUUUAUCUUACUGGGCUUCUCUGACAGGCUUCAACUUGAGCUAGUCCUCUUUGUGGUCCUUUUGAUCUUCUACAUCUUCACUUUGCUGGGAAACACAACCAUCAUUGCAUUGUCCUACUUGGACCCACGUCUUCACACCCCUAUGUACUUUUUCCUCUCUAACCUGAGCUUUCUGGACAUGUGUUAUACCACCAGCAUUGUUCCUCAGUUCCUAUUUAAUCUCAGCGGAUCAGACAAAUCCAUCUCCUUUGGUGGAUGUAUAGUUCAAAUGCACAUCUCUCUAGCGUUGGGAGGGGUGGAAUGUGUGCUCCUGGCUGUCAUGGCGUAUGACCGCUACGCUGCAGUCUGCAAACCUCUGCACUACACUGUUAUCAUGCACCCGCGUCUCUGUGGGCAGCUGGCUUCAGUGGCAUGGUUGAGUGGCUUCGGCAAUUCUCUCAUCAUGGCACCCCAGACGUUGAUGCUACCUCGCUGUGGACACCAGCGGGUGGACCACUUUCUCUGUGAGAUGCCAGCACUAAUUGGCAUGGCCUGUGUCGAUACCAUGACCCUUGAGGCACUGGCAUUUGCCUUGGCAGUCUUUAUCAUCCUGGUACCACUCAUCCUCAUCCUUGUCUCUUACGGUUAUAUUGCACGAGCCGUGCUGAGGAUCAAGUCAGCUGCCGGGCGAAAGAAAGCCUUCAACACCUGUAGCUCCCACCUCAUUGUUGUCUCUCUCUUCUAUGUGGUGUCACUUUUUUAUGGCACUGCUAUCUAUAUGUACCUGCAACCACCAUCCCCUGCCUCCAAGGACCGGGGAAAGAUGGUAUCCCUUUUCUAUGGAAUCAUCACACCCAUGUUGAACCCCCUUAUAUACACGCUUAGGAACAAAGAUGUAAAGGGAGCAUUUAAAAGGCUGAUUGCAAGGAUUUUCUUAAUCAAGAAAUAG